AAAAAUGACGAAACUGCUGGUGUGCCAACACACCUAACGUCUUUCCGGCGUCGCGCACCGUCUCUGAAAACUAAGGAGGUUAAAAAUAAACAGAUUUCGCUAUGACUGGCAAGAGGAACGACAACACAACUACUAGAACCCAAAACGCUACUCUCAUCUCGCGACGGUGCACCAAAGGCCGCGAAUCGCCGAAAAAAGAGAAAAACCUCGCGAAAAGUGCUAAUUUCGGAGAUUGUUCGCUGGAAUGGCGGCAAACAGCAGUUAAAAUCGUGUUUAGAUUCGCAGCUAAUUAUAAAGUGGUAAACGUGCUUGCGGGAUAUAUUUAGUCCAUUCAUUGGGACAAUGGACUUGACGAUGAGGUGAGCGAGAUGUUCUCUUCUUUCAAGCUGUCUUCGCUGAGGCCGAGGGCCAAGAGUCUGUCGGAGGAUUCUCCACCGAGCAUCCUUUGCAAACCACCAAAGACACCCGUGGGCUCGCCCAAGCAGAAACACCACAAGAAAAGGAACUCGGAAUUGGAGGCAUGCCCCAGCAUCGUGUCACUACGCCCCGGCUCGGUGGCCUUGACCAGCGAACAGUUGGUACCCGGAGACCGCAUCUACAGCGUCAACGGGAUCAACACGUCGCGGAUGCGCCCUGAAGAUGUGUCCAAGCUGCUGGAAAACGUCGACGGCAACGCCAUGCUCGAAAUCCAGUACUCGCUACCCAAUUACGCGUCCCAAAGCUCGCUCUGCGUCACGUCUAAGUUGGCGGAAGUCACCCUGGAGCGCGUGGACGGGUCCUUGGGAAUCACGCUGAGAGGUGGAGCUGUGCCGGACCACCCCCAUCUCAGCCGACCGCUAGUGAUCACGCAUGUGCGUCAGAACGGCCCCGCCCACCGCAGUGGUUUAAUUAGAGUGGGGGAUCGGCUAUUAAAGGUGGAUCACGAGCAGCUGAUCAACAAAACACUCUUAGAAGCGCAGCAGGUGCUUAAAGACAAUGCGGCUUUCGCUCUGGCUACGCUAACCAUCGAGUACGAUGUUAGUAUUAUGGAAUCGGUGAAGUAUGCACAAGGCCCUUUACUUGUGGAAAUCGACAGACAAACAGAGGAAGAUUUUGGGUUGGUUUUGACCAAUUGUUGCGAGUUGGGACCCGAUGAAAUACUCGCAGCGGGAUAUUUUAUAGAACAUGUAGUACCAGCGAGUACUGCAGACCGUUGUGGGGCACUAAGUCCUGGUGAUCAGCUCCUGGCCGUUGAUGACUUGGUUUUGGAGAACUGGAACGGGAGCACUAAUGAUGCUGAGAGGUUGUUACGAAGGGCGACUAAAUUACAAAUUUUGCCGUACCAUACGGUACAAAGAGCCACCAGGAAUUACGUGACGAGUUUUAGUACCUUGAAUUCGCGAAGGUCGAGGAAUAGGAAGCGUCAGAGUGUGUUUCAUAAGUCGUUGGAUGGGGAUUCCGGGAGUAAUUAUUGUGGAUGUACGGGGAAUAUGGGAGUCUGUCAUCCAGAAACACUCACGACCACCCUAAGUGCAGACCGAGGGUAUGGUCUGACAGUUUCCGUAGGAGAACACAGCGAAAAUAGAACUGCGGAUAUCUUGAUUUCUAGGAUAGCGCAGGAUUCGGCAGCUUACAGGUGUGGGUGCCUCCAAGUGGGCGACCGCAUCAUUUCCGUCAACCACCAACCCAACCUCACCCUUCAAGAAAUCAACUCAAUCCUGGACCUCGGGAACGACUCAAACUCCAAGCUCACCCUUGAAAUCGAGUUCGACGUAGCAGACACCAUCGUACCCUCCAGUGGUAUCUUCACUGUCAAGCUCCCUAAAAGAGGUCCUGGUCUAGGAAUCACAAUAACGGCUUCAAAAACGCGUCCAGACGAGCCCUUCAUUAUUUCUGAGAUCCGCCGGGGUUCGAUAGCCCACAGGAUUGGUACUCUCCACGCAGGAGACAGACUUCUCGCUAUAGACAACCGUCCUCUGGAUCACUUGAGUCUGGAAAGUGCCUUCGACAUUCUCCAGACGUCCACCAACGACAUCGUCACGCUCAAAAUUGAGAAAACAGAAACUGAAAACGCGAAUUUGUUUCUUGAUAGUGUGGUGUAUACCGUGGAACUGCACCGGUACGGGGGGCCUUUAGGGAUCACGAUUUCUGGAAGCGAGGAUUGCCAGGAACCUAUAGUUUUGUCGCGAUUGACCGAAGGAGGUUUGGCUGAGAAAACGGGAGCGUUGCACGUUGGGGACAGGAUUUUAGCUAUUAAUGGGGAAAGCUUAGAAAACAGACCUCUGAGUGACGCCAUUCGUUUACUCCAGACGUCGGGGGAUCGAGUCCAGUUGAAAAUUGCCAGACAUAUCAAAAAUACAGAGUCUGCAAUCGAAGAAGGCAGAUGCACCUACUCCAGUCCUGGGGUGCUAAGUGUUGACAGCGCCGUCCAUUCUUGGGACAGCAACGCAAACGACAACCUAGAUGUAAUUAAAGACGAAGAGAGUGUUCUCAGUGAACCCCUUUCCUACCAAGACCCCGACAAACAAAAGAAGCACGAUUCUCAACUCCAGUUUUAUUCAGAUGCCGAGGACAUGUUCUGUCCGAGUCCUCUCCCUUUACCUAACUACAGCUUCACCAAUACGAAUUCGUACGGACAGUCUUCGGCAAACUUCGUGAAUCGUCUACAGGGGACUUACAGCAACGAAAGCAUACAAGACAAUGAGAUUUAUCACGUGACUUUGUACAAAGACUCCAUUUACGAUGACUAUGGGUUCAGUGUGAGUGAUGGCCUGUACGAGAAGGGUGUUUAUGUUAACAGGAUACGAAAGGGAGGUCCGGCGGAUAUCGUGGGACUUUUGAAACCUUAUGAUAGGAUCAUUCAAGUAAAUGACACUAAAACGAAGGAUUUUGAUUGUUGUUUGACAGUGCCUUUGAUUGCAUCGGCGGGGGAUAGAAUAGAGUUGCUUAUCGCGAGGAAUCCAUAUUUGAAUUUCACUGAAAGGGAUCACCAGGACAGCGUUUCAAAGAAGUCCUUCCCAACCAACCAAAACACAAUAACUAAGACUUUAUAAUUUAUACAGCAAUAAUUCCACAAUGUCAAUAAAUAUAUUUAUUUUUUAUCAUGUAACGUACUCUUGUGUAAACAUAAAAAUAAAAAAAGAA